AUGACCAUCACGCUGCCCCCUAUGCCGCCGUCACCGCCUGCCGAGAAUGCUUCUGAUGCGGCACUGCGUCCCAACUUGGCAACAUCGCUGCACUUCCCAGCCGGCCAACAGGCCGCAGAGGCAGUUACACAACAUGCCAUGACCAUCAUGCUGCCCCCUACGCCGCCGUCACCGCCUUCCGAGAACGCUACUGGUGCGGCGCUUCGUCCCAACUUGUCGCAGAGAAAGCGGCUGGCGCAGGGCGGUGACGCAAAACGACGAUUUUGCGGCACUCUCCGGGGGAUCAGCCACCUGUCGAGCCAUUCACAGUCGGCCCGACGCCACCUCACGCACGUCAACAAGGGCGUGCCACCACCGCACGCCACGCACGUCAAAAAGAGGGUGCCGCCACCGCACAUCACGCACGUCAACAAGGGUGUGCCGCCACCGCACGUCACACACGUCAAUCAGAGCGUGCCGCCACCGCAUGUCACGCACGUCAACCAGAGCGUGCCGCCACCGCACGUCACGCACAUCAACAAGGGCCACGUCACGCACGUCAACAAGGGAGUGCCACUCAUGUCAGCCACGCACGUCAAGGGUGCGCCACUCACGCCAGCCACGCACGUCACUAAGGGCGUGCCACUCACGCCAGCCACGCACGUCACCAAGGGUGUGCCACUCACGCCAGCCACGCACGUCGCCAAGGGCGUGCCACUCAUGCCAGCCACGCACGUCAAGGGCGCGCCAAUCACGCCAGCCACGCACGUCGCCAAGGGUGUGCCACUCACGCCAGCCACGCACGCCACCAAGGGCGUGCCACUCACGCCAGCCACGCACGUCGCCAAGGGUGUGCCACUCACACCAGCCGCGCACGUCACCAAGGGCGUGCCACUCACGCCAGCCAUGCACGUCGCCAAGGGCGUGCCAAUCAUGCCAGCCGCGCACAUCACCAAGGGCGUGCCACUUCCGCCGCCGCGCCUGCCACUGAGGGUGCGCCACUGCCGCCCGCCACACGCGCCGCUGAAGGCGCCACACCAACUCCGCAUUGCCACGCGUGCCACUUUGGGCACGCCGCCUUCUGCUGAAUGUGCCGCGACGCUGCCGCCGCCGCCCACCACGGCCGCCACCAUGGCGACAGGUGCGGCCCACAAAGGCACCACGACGCCGUCGCCCACCUCGGCCACAGGAGCGACCCACGCUCACACCACGACGCCGCCGGACACACCAGUGUCAUAUGCUGCUUGGGGCACGCUCACCAGUGACAUUGGCAGCGUGGGGAAACACGUUGUACGGGACACGAUAAAGAGUGAUGUUUGCGAGGCAGUGACAUAUGCUGCACGGGGCACGCUCACGGACACGGUCACAUCCUCCUCCCCUGAAACUUCACUGCAGGAGGGCAUCGUCUUCCAGGUGAUGAAAAGUCUUGGGAUGGCCAGUCACAAGUCAGAUCUUCACCUGUCAGUUUCCACAGAUCUAGAAGCCGAAGUAUUCAAGGAAGCGGACGAAGAACCUGCUGAUGGUCUUGAAGAAAAUGAAGUUCUCGAAGUUCUCAUGCAGCAGUCGGUGUACUCGGUGUCGAAGUAA